UUGCCGCAGAUCGCCGCACACUCGGCGUUGGCUCGCAAAGGUCGCGCUCCAAUAGUGAAGGCCAUUCGGCAUACACGCCCGAUAGACAAAAUGGACGACAGUCACGCAUACGAGUCCGUCCUGUUCCUAGCAAGGGAGUGCUUUGUUUACAAAGUCCCUCCGCGAGCCAGUGCGGCGGGAUACAAGGCUGGCGAAUGGGGGGACAUGGGGGCUUUCCUGUGGAAAGGACGAUUACGAAUUAUUGAAAAAGGAGGUAACUGCCAGAUCAGGCUAGAGGAUGGGUCUACGGGAGAGCUCUUUGCACUUUGCCCUUACGAUCUGUCGGGGACAUCCGUGGAGCCGGUGCUCGACUCUUCGCGUUACUUUGUCCUGCGCAUCGAGUCGCCAGACCCAUCUGGCAAUAAGCGCCGCGCAUAUAUUGGUAUGGGAUUUCAAGACCGCAGCGAGAGUUUCGACUUUAACGUCGCAUUACAAGAUUGGACCAAGUGCGUCCCAGGUGGUUUGAAAUAGUCGUAAUUUGCAGAUGAGCUGACUUCUUUUCUCGCUACUGAUCCGCAUUGUGCCACCCUCGGUAGGCGAACAAAGGCCGCCAAGGCCGCAGCUGAAAACCCAAAUGCUGCAGCCGAGGCCGAGGCCAACACGCU